ACUAGGUCAAACCGGCCCUUCUCGCAUAUGCAUCCUAAACGAUUUUCAGAUAUUCAGAACGGCUGUGAAAGGUAGACUUUCCACUGGCAGAAGAUAUCAUCACUCCAUUACGGCCGACACUCCACGGACAGCUUGAUACCUGGAUCGGCCCAAGUCUUCAGCGAGACCACCAUCCAUCUAGCCAACAUCGCCUCCAGAGCUGGCCGUGUACACCUCAACCGCUUGACCCCUCCGCUGGACCCGCCGACAAAAUGGUCGGCUCAUCCUGCAACGUCUACGUCUCCAUCACCGGUCCCAAGCCCAGCGAGCACGACAGCUCACACCGACCAGGCUACCACAGACCGCAGCAUACCUGGCUAAUCUCCAUCGAGCCGCACCACAGCCACCUAAUGCCCGGCAUCGGGCACAAAGACAAAGACCGCGAGCCCAUCCACUACGCCGCAACGUGGGAUGCCGAGGCGGAGACGUACGCCAUCGCCACGCACUCGCUCGUCCGCGACCCGGGCAUUAUCGGCAACAUUCUCAUCGUGGAGGAGGCGCAUGUUUCUACGGAGCGACUGCACGGUAUGCUGAAGGAGGAUGUGAGUCCGCUUUCUCCGCCUUCUAAGCGCAGGGAUCAUGCGUCGUCGGAGGACGAGCCGGAGCAUUGGCUCCGCGGCGCGAUUCACGGGUUGCAGCAUCGGAACGUGGCGCAGAAGUUUGAUGUGGAUGAGUUUUUCUUGUUUGCGCACGGGUAUGUGGCGAAUAGGCUGGAGAACGAAGCGCCGGCUUUGAUUGCGUAUCCGAAAAUCCACAAGGAGGCCGACAAGAAGUCGAGCAAGAGUCGCUUCUGGGUUUCCACGCCGACGCAGCAUCGCACGCGCAAGGACAGUAGCGGGCAGGCGAAGAUAUAUGGGGGCUUGAUGUGAUUCUGAUGUAGCGGUAG